GGCUGGAUUCAUUGUUUCUCCAGAAACGCGGCUAUUAGAUUCACCAAGGCGUCGGUUCUCCUGGCUUACAUGUUCGCGCCAUCCGACGCAAACAAAUUCAGGCUCUUGUUGUUCAAAAUAUUUAGAUGGAUUUCUGUGCUUCUAUGCAUAGCGUUAUUUUUUGGUUUAGUCUUUUCGAUAGUAGAGAACAUUGAAAAAUUAUUUCUGGUGCUGAAAGCAUUGGCCAUCAUGUGCAGCAUGAUUAAUUACGUAGCGAAAGUUGUGAUUGUCAGAAUUUACGGGAAGGAAUUUGAGAAGUUGCAAUUGACUGUAACAAAUUUCAGAAAAAUAAUCCAAAAAUUCGUAAAUAAGUGCUGGAAAUUUCAAUUGUUCGUUACUUUUGGGACUUACAUGGCGUCCACGGCAUUCAUAUUGGGGCCUUUGGUGCAGCCGCAAAAAUUUCCAACAGACGCAGUGUACCCUUUUUCGACGGAAAAUUUUUUAGUUGUGAUUAUUGUUUACUUACAUCAGAUCCUGGUCGCGUACCAGUGCUCCCCUGGAGUGGCUGUUGACUCUCAAAUGGCGAUUUACCUCUGGUACUUGUGUGUAAGGUUUGAGGGGCUCAUAAUUCAGAUGGAUUAUGUCGAGAACCAGCAUCAGCUUGCGCAGUUUAUCAGGAACCACCAGUCUCUACUGCUAUUCACCAAGAAAGUAAUUCCGCCGAUUCGUGCAGUAAUUUUCUCCUCGGUCGCAAUCAAUAAUAAAUUCAUUAUGAUUUGUGCCGGGGUAGUUUUGCUAUCAAACGGAACUUCAUUCGAAAAAGUUCAGUGUACAAUAAUGAUUAGCUUUAUCGCUCUUAAUAUUUACACAUUCAUCUGGCCAGCAGACUGUCUAAUAGACAUUACGAGUUAUGGUGUGUCGAAUAAGGUGCUGGACAUGUUCAGGACGUGGACUCUGGAAAUGAAAAAGUCUUGUCUCCUUAUCAUCCAUAGGGCGCAGCAUCCUGUCGUGAUAAACAUUCCUGGGUUUUUAGAGACACUUUCUCAUCAAUAUUACUCGUCGUUCCUCUCGGCAGCGUUUUCUAUUUUUACAGCACUAAGGGCUGUUCUCAACUCUUAG